AUGGUAAGAGUUCAAGAAGACCCAAAUACUCCAGAACCAUUACAUAAGGAGGAUAAUGACGAACAACAACAACAAAGGAAAUUCCGUAAACUUUCGAGGUUAGAAAGUGAAGUACCAAGUGAACAUGAUCAAGAUGAACAAGUGGAUGAGGACAAAGUAUACAUGAAUCUGUCUUCACAUACACCGUUAAAAAUCUUAUAUUUUAAAAAACACUCAAGCGAUAAACAACCCCAAUCACAUUCAACAUUUGUGACAAUACUAAAAUUGAACAGUCCAGAAUGGCUAUAUAUUCUUUUUGGAUGUUUAGCAUGUGCAGUCAAUGGUACAAAACCACCCAUAUUUUCAGUACUUGUUGGUAAAACAAUGCAAGUACGUACGUACAGAACUUUUGAGUUUUAGAACGUUGAUUAUGACAAUAAAUAGGUAUUUCAACAAUGUGAUUAUAAUAAUCUUCGACAUGACAUGACCCUGUUAAUGUAUGUAUGGUUUGCAUUUGGAUUUGUCUAUUUUCUGGCACACACUUUUCAAGUUAGUAUUCGUUCUAAGGCGUGCGUAAUUCAAAGGUCGAGCAGUGUUUUGUUUUCUCGAUAUUCUUACGUAUUCGGAUAGUGCAGAAUGAGCUGAUUCCGAAUAUCACCCUUUUUCUGCUUCACCACUUUUCCUU